GAGGAGCACACAGUUUUAUCACCAAGUAAAAGAAGAAGAAGAAGAAGAAGAAGCCGAUAAUCAUCCUCAUCCGGAUUUGUUCAUUAGGGUUUCAUUCUUAUCUCUUCCCAACCGCCGAAUCUCUUCAUCAUCUACAAGCUCCCUGUUGAUCCGAGCCGCUAACUUUUCGUAUUCAGCUGUUGAGGUGAAUGGUAAAGUCAUCUCCACUCUCUAGCUCUCUCUGCGGAUCAAGAAACUUAUAAAGUAUCAAACUUUGAUGGAAAUGGCGGAGUUAGGCAGGUCCAUGCAGCUAGCUGGGAAGCGAAGCUCGCCUCCUGAAACCGCUUUAAGCGGUGCUGCAUCGGAGGCACCGAACAAGCAGUGUCGACCGUGGUUACAGCCAUUGACCUCAGCAAGCAAUGGGAUUCUGCAUAUUCCCACCAAUGCGCUUUCUCAAAAGACCCUUAAUUCGCUGAUGCAUGGUAAGAACGUGACGAUGAUGGACUCUGCUCUCCAGAAACCUGGGAACCAUCUGAAUUCGUUCGUGCAUGGCAAUAACGUGUCGGUUAUGAACUCUGCUCUCCAGAAACCUGUGAGCCAUGCUGUGAACAAGAAACAGCAGAUCCCACCUCGAGGGUCAGUGAAACCGAUGCAUGAUGUAAAUGAGACUGUGAGGUCUAAAAUGAGGGAGUCAUUAGCGUCUGCGUUGGCCUUGGUUCAGCAACAUGAUGAAUUUCCGAAAGGGGAAGAAAAUGUAAAGAAUGGAGAAACUCUUGUGGUGAAUCCGGAGAGUAGUCAAAGUUUUCAACCUGACUCAACUGCUAGCUUCAGUGUCCCUAUAGGCGAAGGAACCAUGUCAGAGUUUCCCACCGAUGCUGAUAGAUCUGUGCAGAAGGACGGUGAGAUUCCCGUCGACAUCAGGAUGGAAGAUGUUAAUCAGUCUGAUGGACUUAAGUCUCAAUUUGACGAGGUUUUCCCUCGAGAUGAAGUUCCUUUUACAGAUAUUAUUUUUUCGAACGAUGACCUUUUACAGGGUAAUGAACUCUCAUGGGUUCUGGACAAUGUUUCAGAUCUUGGCGAGACAGAUGGUUUUGGAACCGAUGUUGAAAAGUCGUUUCAGGAUCCAGAACUUUUGGCUUCUAAAAUUGAAAUGGAAUUGUUUAAACUAUUUGGAGGUGUGAACAAAAAGUACAGAGAGAAGGGAAGGUCCCUCUUAUUCAAUUUGAAAGAUAAGAACAAUCCUGAGCUAAGGGAAAGAGUUAUGUCUGGAGAUAUCUCUGCUGAGAGGUUGUGUUCAAUGACAGCCGAAGAACUGGCUUCCAAGGAGCUUUCUGAGUGGCGACAAGCCAAAGCGGAAAAGAUGGCAGAGAUGGUUGUCCUGCGGGAUACAGAUAUUGAUGUCAGAAGUCUGGUGAGGAAAACUCAUAAGGGUGAGUUCCAGGUUGAAAUUGAUCACGUUGACAGUGGCAUGGUUGAUGUCUCUGCUGGCAUCUCGUCAAGUAGGAAACGUCGACCCAAAGCCAAAACUCAUUCUGCCGAAACCACUCUCAAUGAUAAGACAGCAAAAACUGAUCAAACAGCAUCACAUGAUACUCCUCCUUCAACUGAAGAGAUCGAUCCCAUGCAAGGUUUGGCGAUGGAUGAUGAGUUGAAGGACGUUGAGUUUCUUCCACCAAUUGUAUCGCUUGAUGAAUUCAUGGAAUCCCUGGACUCUGAGCCUCCAUUUGAAAGUCCGCAUGGUAAUUCUGAAAUGCAAGUGUCUGCGUCAGAGAAAAGUGAUUCCGAAGUUAGGCCACACUCAAAAUCUCCUAAAGGAUCUCCGAAGGAACCAAGUGACACAGAUUCUCCUAAACCGAGCCCCGAGAAGAUUGAUGAAGUUUCUCCAAAAUCUGAUGCAAGUAUCAAACUUGAUGAUGAUGAUGUCUCUGGACUUGAGAAAACGCUUUCACCUGUUGAUGUCAAGGGAGAAAAAGUAUGGCAUGGAUUACUGCAACUGAGUAUGUCUUCUGUAGUCCCUGUCACUGGAAUUUUCAGAAGUGGUGAGAAAGCAGACACGAGCGAGUGGCCGGCAAUGUUGGAAGUUAAGGGUAGAGUUAGGCUGAGUGGGUUUGGGAAGUUUAUUCAUGAGCUUCCCAAGUCUCGAUCCCGUACCCUAAUGGUAAUGUACUUGGCUUGUAAAGACGGCAUUUCUAAGAGCCAGCGUGGCAGCCUUUUUGAGGUUGUUGAUUCCUACGUUGCUGAUAAAAGAGUUGGCUACGCAGAGCCAGCCUCAGGCGUGGAGCUUUACCUUUGCCCAACACGUGGCGAGACUCUAGAUCUGCUGACAAAAGUCAUCUCUAAAGACCAGCUCGAUGAAGCCAAAACUUUGGAUAGUGGGCUGCUUGGUGUUGUUGUGUGGAGACGACCCGUUAAGCCCAGUUUGAAACGUCAGCAUUCUUACUCUUCUUCUGUCUCCAGAGCCUCUGUUUUGUCUGAAAACAAGAAGCAGAGAGGGAAUGUCACAGAGAAACCUCUUGUUGUUGCAUCAAUGGGGAACAAUCAUCAUGGUUAUGGAGGCAAGGCUGUGGAAGAAGAUGAUGAUGAUGAUGCACCGCCUGGGUUUGGUCCUGUAGCUUCGAGGGAUGAUGAUGAUUUACCGGAAUUUAACUUCAGCUCCUCGGUCGUGCCAGUUUCUUCCCAUCAGCCAUUACCGGCUCAAUCAAAGUCUCUGGAUCAAGUAAGAAAACUCAUCCACAUGUAUGGAAACUCUGCAGGCAGCUAUAAUGACAAUGAUGAUGACGACAUACCCGAAUGGCAGCCGAAUGUCCCUAGCCACCAGCUUCCACCACCCCCACCACCUCCUCCUGGCUUCAGACCCGAGAUGGUUCUUCAGGAUCAAAGCAGGCCUCAAGAUGGUUGGUGGGAUAAUCUAAAUGGUGGCUCAGGGCAACACUAUGAUCAGAACGGGUCAAGAAACAGAGGAUUUUAAAAUCUCUGUUGAUAAAUAGUGUUUCUCUGUAUUGUAGUGUUUUUUUUAUUGUUUUUGCUAAAUCUCUCUCUCUCCUUAGCUUUUUGGAAAACUUCAUUACCUUCGUUUUGUAGACAUCGUAGAAUACAAACCUCGAAGUAGUCCCAACUUCAAAAAUAAAACUUCAUAAAACAUUUGUGCUUUUUUCAUAAAAGGAAAACUACAUCUCCUCUGCUUUCAU